UGACUACAUUCUUAGGAUAGCAGGAGAAGAACAGAGAGGGGAAACAGGGAUAAGGAAGCUUUGAGAUUGAGGCUCAGUCCACUUUCAAGCCUACAUGGAGCUGAUCCACAGUAUCAUUGGGUCCAUUUUGCAAAUGAAGAAACAAUCUGAGACACAACGCAAUUUGCCCAGGGCCUCCAAAGCCAGCUUGUCUAGAUGAAUGCCCAGCUGAUGCAGCCGGAACUAGAACCCAGGUCCCUUCAUUCCAAGUGAACAGCACCUUCUGGGACAGCACAGUUAUCAGGAUGAAGAAACAGAACAGUGAAGUGACUUGCCAAGGAAGCCCAGGUCUCCUAGUUCCAUAGCCCAAGGAUCUUCGCGAUAUACUUAAGCUACCUUUCCUAGGAGGGAUUAACCUUCCCAACUUAGCACUCGUGACACAGUUCCUUGCUGUUCCCAAAGAGAGAUCUUUAUAAUCACUGGGCAAAUGGUUUUAAGGUUGCCCCAGAAAUAAGCAAAGUCUCUCUCUCUGAGUGUGCCAACUGACCCUGCUGGGCGUGGCUGUACAAACAUUGCAACUUCCUGUGGACUAGGAAAAAAAAAAAAAAGACUGAUAUUCUGUCUCAGUUCUUCACCACUUUUUCUGAGGCAGCCCAGAGUCUCAGACACAUACUGUUCUGCUGACUGGUGAGCAGCCCUCGAAGAGGGAGAAAUAGAAUUUCUUUCACCCUCAACUCACCUAGUCAAGCCACAUUGAAAAAAAAAUGAUGGAACGCCUUCUUGCCACCAUUCCUCCAAAGUUCUGGAAAUGCAGACAAGAUAACAACUGCCUUCCACCUGCCGGCUCUGAGGAUCUGCCAGUCUCCAAAAGCAUGAAAGAGCUGAGCCAGAAUGAGCUCCCUGAAGAUGAAGCUUGGGAGAGAUUUUUGGGGGAUUCUGCCUCAAAGAGGGAAGAGGUCAACGUGCUCUAUGAGACCCUGUACGGGUUAUAUGGAGACAAGCUGCUGGAUGAUACCAUUGAGCAAAAUGACGGUCUCUCAGCUGAGGACAAAAUCUUUCUGAAAGAGUUUCCUGAGAAGAAGAUGGAGCUAGAGGAGCGCAUCCAAGGCCUCCAUGCUGCUGCAGACCAAGUUGACAAGAUCCACAAGAAAUGCGCCAUCACCAACGUGGUAGCGGGCUCCACCAGCGUCCUCUCCGGCGUCAUGAGCAUCCUGGGCUUGGCUCUUGCGCCAGUCACAGCCGGAGGAAGCUUGAUCCUCUCAGCUUCUGGGAUUGGCUUGGGCGCGGUAGCUGCCAUCACCACUCUUUCCUCAAGCGUCAUUGAACAUGCCGGCAAUUUGGCAGCACGAGAGCGAGUGAGCAACCAGAAGGGGACCAAGGGACAAGCAGCGGUGGUGGCGUUAUGUAAGGAGGCCCCCCAGCUUCUUUCUGUUGCUCAGAAGUGUGUUUCUACGGGUAACCAAGUCAUGGAAGAAAUCAAAAAGAACAUCCGUGCCUUCCGCUUGGCUAAAGCCAACCCCCGUUUGACUACAACUGCCAAAAAUUUCAUGACCACUGGGUACCUCUCAAGGUGGAGCGCCCGGAAGGUGGAGAAGGCCUUCGGGGGCACAGCCCUAGCCAUGACCAAAGGCUCCAGGAUGACAAGUGCCAUGACAGCAGGUGCAUUGGUUCUGGUGGACACGAUCACCUUCAUUCGUGAUCUGAGCCAUUUACUGGAGGGGGCAAAGGCUGAAAUGGCAGAAGAACUGAGGGGACAGGCUCAGGAGCUGGAAAGGAAACUUGAGGAGCUUUCCCAGGCCUAUAAUAGUCUGCUGGAUAUCAUCACCUCACACAGCAACGGAGAAGCGGAGGCUGUGGGUGAUGUGGAAGGAUCAACUCAAUAGGGGCACAAAGCGCCUUCCUCUAGCUUCAGAUUUAUGGGAUGUUCAGCCUGCAGAGCACAACUUAAAGUUGAGCCACUGUCUUAGGACAGUUAAGGCAUGUGCUUUGACCAGGGACAGACUUAUUGGCACUCACACCUGGUCAAGAAAAGACCAAUGAAUUUUUGUCAGUAUUGUCCGUUUCCAUAUUUUUCUAUGUCUCUGUCUCUGUCUCUGUCUCUCUCUCUCUCUCAAAACACACACACACACACACACAUGUGUGUAUACUGUAUUUCCUAAUUCUUCGCAUUCUAUUCUUUCUGUAUCUCUCUGUAUCUCUCUCUCUCUUUCUCUGUCUUCCUCUCUAUUUCUCCUCUGUCUCAUUUUCUGCCCCUCCCCCUUCGUCAUACACAUAUAUGCAAUGUGCACAUUUGCAUGUAGAUACACCUAUAUGCAUGCACAUGCACAUACAUGUGAAUAUAUGCACAAUACACAUGUGCAUAUAUAUGAUUGUAACAGCAAUAUUUUUAAAUAAUACAAUUUACCGAUUUAUGUAUAUGCCUAUCUGGCAGCCCAGAACAAAAUGGGGAAGGAGUCUGAUUCUUCUCCUUGGUCUAAGGAUCAUUGCACAUACAAGGUACAGGGCUGCUCUGGUUGGAAUUGGCACAAGGGUUGCAGCCUGGGAUGGAGGGCCCCUCGGACACUGACCACAAGCAAUAUUGUGCUGGUGGGCACUGCUUCCUCUAGUGGGGUGAACAUAAGGGAGGAAGGCCAUCAAAGGUAGGUGGGCCACCUUGUUCCAGCCAUUGGCCUGGAAGGCACAGAGUCUUUCCUGUUGGACCAACCUGCUAUGUGACCCACAAUGGAGCCUCCUGGGUCCCAGACAUAGCUAUGUGGCUACUUUGGAUAGCCUUUCUUAAUGAACUUUGUCUCAGCAUUUUUGUAAGUGUGCCAAAUACUUCCUUUCCCUGAACCUCCCCGUCAGGGCUUAAAUACCACCAGUUUAUAUGGUGUUGGUGAUGGUGAUGGUGAUGGUGAUAGUGACGGUGAUAGUGAUGGUGAUGGUGUUGGUGAUGGUGAUGGUGAUGGUGAUGGUGAUGGUGAUGGUGAUGGUGAUGGUGAUGGUGAUGGUGAUUAACUUCUGGAGUACAGGGACUGUUUGGUUUUUUCUUUGUGUCUCUCACCACUGUACUUGGCAUAUAAUAGGUGCAUAACACACGCUUGUUGUUUGACUGCUUAAACAGCAAUAGUGAACAUGUAUUUAUAUAGUAUAUAAAGAACCUAAUAAUUUAAUUUGAUCACCAGGGCAAGUAUUAGAGGCAGAGUGGUAAACUAAAUAAAGCUCUGCCUUGGGAGUCUGGAAACCUGGGCUAUAACAAAAAUUCUGACAUUUACUAGCUGUGUGACCUUGGGCAAGUCACCUCUUCUCUGGGUCACAGUUUCCUCCUUGAUGAAA